UUUAACAAACAUGUUUUUGUGCUUUAUGCGAAGUACAGCUGCUAUUGCGGGCUCGUAUGUCCGGAUUUUCUGGUGAUGAUCCCAUAAUAUAAUUGUUAAUUAUAUCCUAGUUGAAUCCAAUGAAGUAUAGAAAUACUAGUAAAGUUAUUGUGUAUACRCAUUUCAAUUAAUAAAACUCAAUUAUUUAGAUGGCGCUCUUGCAGUAUAUCCACUAAAUACUCUUAUGCAAGGAGAGGAUGUCCUAAAUCGUAACCCAGGUGGUGAAUUUGCAAAUAUAUUUCCGGACGAAGGCCCCGAUGGAACGCCCGGUGGUGCAUACCGAUUCAUUGGAACCCCGGAAAGUUAUGUAGAGUUUGAAAACGACGAAGAGCGGCUGGAAGCCAAAAACUCUUUGUCGCUCCUAGCUUGGAUAAAACACACUGGAAAUCAAGGACCUAUCUUUAACUACGACACAGAUGGCUGGGGAGUUCAUUUCUGGAUGAGGGGAAAAAAUAAGUUGUUCGCUCGAUUUAAUAAACGCGGAAAUGUUGAAGUUUCUAGCAUUUCCAGCAAUGGAGUAAAAGCCGGUGUAUGGCAAUACGUUGGAGCGACGUACAAUGGCCAAACAGGAAUGGCAAAGUUGUUUAUCAGUGAUAGAUUUGUUGUCGAAAAAUAUAUUGGAAAAGGGUUUCAACUAGCUACCAAUCACAAUGUCAGAAUGGGUGCAAGGCUGGGCGAUAAGCGGUACUUCAAUGGAAGUAUAUCUUGUAUGCAGGUGUAUUCUAAAGCUCUAUCCCAUAACCAAAUCAUGAGUUUCAAAAAGCGCUGUUUCCGAACAAGUAGCCUUUGUCUUUGGUUUGAUACAUCAUGCUAUUGGAGAAGUAAUAGUUCCCAAAGCUCAUGGGUAAAGAAAAUGCAAAGUGGAGAUUACCUCUCUGAUCAACUGAAAAUGAAAUGGGACACCCAAGAUGUGGAUGAAGACUUCGAGCUGCAUCUUUCCCCGUCUUCAAAAGAAGUGGUAGAAAUUCAGAAGUCCAGUAAAGAAACAAACAGUUUUACUAUAUGCUUCUGGAAGAAGGGCGGUGGCAUCUAUGUCAGAUCCUAUUUAUGGCUUAACAUAUCUCAAGAGAUUUUUGUGAAUCUUCAAUCACCCAAAUCCUUUGGUUUUGUACAUAACUCCACUGCUUGGAAUUUCUACUGCUUCUUAAUGGCUGGCAAAGACGAAAAGGUGGCCGUGUCAUUUUACCUAAAUGGAGAAAGAAAAAGUUUACUUUUAAUAAAGCCAGAAGAAAUAAAUAACGAGACCUUGACCGUUGGAUAUUUGAAUUCAUCGGUAAAUGAUAAGGCGGUGUUGUCGUCGUUUAAUAUUUGGAGUGGGGAGCUAAGUCCAAGCGAAGUAAAACGCUUGUCUUAUGGCUGUGAUAGCGAGAGAGGUGAUGUCAUCCAUUGGAAAGACUUCAACUACGUUGAUCAUGACCACGAAGUAGUUGAAACAAGAACUUGCAAAAAUGUUCGAAGUAAGUUUCUAAAAUAA